AAGAACACAGUCAGUCCUGGGAGCAGAGGAUUUGACAAGCUCAAGUCAGACUCUGACCGUUUACUUUCGCUAACCGGGCUGUUGGAAAUCACGGGAAAGCCCGAGGCCGCUGAACAACAUGGGGAACGCCGAAAGCGGCUGCGGAGGGGGCAGCGGCGACGAGGAAGAUGUUGAAACCGAGAGCCCUGGCUUUGCGGGCGGCAGCCCGGCCUCCGGGGCCACGGGCGGCGGCGGCGGCGGCGGCGUUGGAAGUGGCGGAGGAUCUGGCUCGGGGGGAGGCGGAAGGGGAUCGAAUAACCCUCCAGCACCGGGCUGCGGGCUUCCCGGCCCCGGAGCUCUGCUGGAGCAGGUCAAGCUGAGAGAGGCGGCGGCCCGCAUGAGCGACUCUUGGGUCGCCAUUUCAGAAUCGGUCCUGGCUCGGAACGAGAGCGCGUUGGUCCGGUGGCUGGAGGAGCGACUCAGCCGGGGAGAGGAGUCGGUGACAGUGGAGCAGUUCUGCGAGAUGCUGGAGAGCAGAGACGCGCCGAGAGACGAGUGCGAAGAGGCAUUUGGGCAGUUUGAUGCCGAGGGAGAUGGCAUUGUGGAUGUGGAGAACAUGUUGAUGGCUUUGAAGAACUGCAAUGGAGCUAACCUGCAAGGGGAACUCAGCCAUGUCAUCCGACAGCUUCAAGCAUGCUCCCUCACUCCAGGAUUUGUCGAUAUCUUCUCGAAGUCAAAGGAUCGCCUGGGCGCACACGCAUCCAAGAUCCUCAAAUUCCUGCACCGCAACAGAAUCCCCAGCAGUGCCAUUCCUUUCCCCAUCUUGGAGGGCUACAACAGCAUCUGCACCAUGAGGUCCUCUGUUGUACAGGACUUCCUGGACUUUCUCCUACAGAAAGAAAAGGAUUUAGAUAUCCAGUACAGGGCGGAACUGAACCGAGACCCGGAAGUGGACAAAGUCAAAAUUGUCACUCAGUGUUACAGCUUCAUCGAGGCCUCUUCCAACGCCGCUGACGUCUAUAAGAUGACAAACGGGGAAACUGUGUCAUUUUGGCAGUCGGAUGGAAGUGCCAGAUCUCACUGGAUAAGGUUAAAGAUGAAGCCGGAUGUAGUGCUGAGGAGGCUGGCGAUCGCGGUGGCCUCUAAUGACCACAGCUACAUGCCCCAGCUGGUGUCGGUGGCCGUGGGGAAGAACCGGCGCUGCCUGCAGGAGAUCCGCGACAUCCGCAUCCCCAGCAACAUCACGGGCUACGUGGCGCUCCUGGAGAACGCCAACAUCAGCCACCCGUAUGUUCAGAUCAACAUCAAGCGCUGCCUCAGCGACGGCUGUGACACACGCAUCCACGGCCUGAAAACCAUGGGCUACCAGAUCACCAAGAACAAGGAGGUGUCCGUGUCGGACGCCUCGGCGAUCUGGUACCUCUCCCUGCUCACCUCCCUCGUCACGUCCUCCAUGGAGACCAACCCGGUGCUGGCACAGACGGUCCUUCAGAGCACACAGAAAGCCUUGCAGCACAUGCCACCUCUGUCCUUAACUCCCAGCUCCACCGAGUUCCCCAAGUUCUUCUCGCCAAACAUUCUGGAAGAAGUCGACGGAUUUCUCCUCAGAAUAGCAGACUGCUGCGUGACCCCUGAGGCAGAGCUGACCCUGCUGGCGUUCGCCUUGGCCAGGGGGAGCGUGGCCAAGGUCAUCCUGUCGCUGUCCAGCAUCAGUGACCACCUGGACACGGAGUACCGCGCCUCCUCGCUGAUCUCCUCCAUGGCCACCGUCAGACUCAAGCUGCUGUACAAGAACGGGAAACCCAUCCAGCUGCACCUGCAGGCCUGUGAUGUAAAGGGGAAGGAGGAGAAGUCCGGCCCUGAGAACAUGCUGACGGAACCCCCCAGUGGUGACGGGUUCCUCACAGAGAGUGGAAAGAAAAAAGCCAGUAUAAUCUUGUCAACAGAGGACCAAACCAGUUUCCAGGUCACUCAGAUAAAGAUUAAAGUGCGCAAAGGAGCCAUCGGUGCCAAAUGCGGCCUAGUCUUUGCCUACAAUGAAGGAGACUCAUUUGAUGCAGACAAACACUUCAAGAGGUUUAAGAAGUACGACUCCUGGGACUUCAAGGACUACAAGGAAUUUGUAAAGGACAACGCUAAGGUUGGGGAGCUGGCGGAGGACGAGCCCAUUGGCUGGUUCGAGCUGGAGGACGACUGGAAUGACGUGGAGAUCAAGCUGCAGCAGUGUCGCAUUACGAAGUACCUGAUGGUGAAGUUCCUGUGCCCACGGCAGGAGUCCGCCGAGCGCCUGGGCAUCCAGCAGCUCAGCUUCAGCGGGUACCUGUGCCCCGGGGCGGACCGCGUGGACUCAGACGACCUGGCGCUGCGCGGGGAGACCUCCGUUGGGGGCCUGGUCACCGGCCUGGACCUGCUGAAGAAGACGCUCUACUUCAUCCAGCAGCUCACCCGAGACAUGGUGCUCCAGGAUGUGUCCCUCUUUAAGCAGAAGUUUCUGCUGGACUUCAGUGGUCUAAAUCUACAGCUAUUCUGGAACUUCUACAACAAGCUGAGGAAAAGUGAGGGGGAGGAAGCGGUGAAGACCCGCAUCCUGCUGCUCCAGCUGCUGCAGAACUGCUUCCCGGUGCUGCCCAGCCCGGCGGAGAGCAGCAGGGCGGAGGGAGCCUGCGGCAGCGUGGACUGCGACCCGGCCGAGGCCGUGUGGGAGCUCUACAGCCACCUGUGCGACCUGGUGGACGGGCCAGAAGGCGAAACUGCGGUCGACAAAGCGCUGAGAAAAGAAGCAGUGAAGGCCAUUCUGAACGGAGCGGCCAUCUUCUUCCCUGACAAGCAGAGCAGGAGGGACAAGCUCUUCACUAUGAUGAAAAACAUCACUGCGGAGGAUCAGCCAGAGUCUAUGAAACUUACAUUUGAGUCGCUGUGUAAUUACUUCAGUGACCAGGACCCCAGCGGCCUGCUCCUGCUCCCACCCAAAGGCGCCCCCCCUGACUUUGACAUCACCCCCAUCCUGACCGUCAUGGACACCCUUCUUCUGGUGGCCAUGCGCGAGUGCGAGGUGAUGAUCGUGGACCCCAGCGGCGGGCAGAGCAGGAAGGUGCUGCUGUCCCUCUUCUGGGCCCUGCAGGGCAGCCUGCUCUCCUGGUGCUACCUGCAGCUCAAAGCCGGAAGCGCCACCAUGGCCGACCUGGCCAGGGACAUCCUGCUCAAGUAUGUGGACCGCUUCCUGGCCGGCACCCAGGACAUCCUGGUGUCCCUGCUGGAGAAAUACAGUGGGGCCGAGAUCAUGGAGAAACUGAGCAGCUCCAUCCUGGCCAUGGCUACCAGGCAACUGGCAAUCUUUCUGUUGGAGCUGUGCUCUUUGGACAUCCCUCAUUGCGUCUUGUUGAGGAGCUUCUCCUCAUUAGUGGAACUGCUCAAAAAUCUGUACAGUGACACAGAGGACAUAUUUUCCAAGGGUGACCUGGAGAACUGCCAGCAGCCCCAGCAGCCUGUAGUCCUGAGGACGUGGAACAUGGAGUCCCCUCACAACUAUGAGAACAGCCGGCAUGAGACCACUGUCUUCAUCUGCCCCGGGGCCACCUCCUUUGAGGUGGAAUUCGACGAACGCUGCGAAACCGAGAAGAGAUACGACUACUUGGAGUUCACAGACGCCAGGGGCGGAAAGGUUCGCUACGAUAUGAAAGUUGGCACGGAGAAGUGGCCAAAGAAAGUGACGUUUAAAGCGGGCCCACAGCUGCAGUUCCUCUUCCACUCGGACAGCAGCAACAACGAGUGGGGCUACAAGUUCACAGUGACUGCUUACGGCCUGCCUGAUAUCACUGUGUCCUGGAUCUCUGACCUGCAGCUGCUGGUGUCCAGGCUAAUGGGCCGACUGGCCUCUCGAACUAUGGCUUUGAAGUCUCCCUAUGAAAUCCGCAGCGUUAAAGAGCUGCCCCCCGGAAAAAUGAGUCACGUCCUCGCCUCACCCCUGUGGAAGCCGGUGUUCAGGCAGGGACUGUGUGAUGAAUGGGGAGAGUGUGACACCGCGCACACAAGCACGGACGGAAACAAGGCUGGCCCGAAAGACGACUGCGUGAGCUUUCUCAUCGAAUUCGCCAGCUGGGACCCCUCCCAGCCUCCUUCAGAUAGCAGGACAGAGAUCAUGAAAUCGCUCAUGCUGGCCUGCAAGAAACAGCCGACCAGGAAUGAGAUUGCUGGAGGUUCAAAGGUCGACCAGGCCGUGAACGCCAUCUGGGCCGCCAUGGUCUACCACACGCCAGUUCUGCGCAACACUCUAAGGAGCUAUGUUGCCCAGGGGGGUCAGGGGAGCCUGAGUGAAGAGUUUGUUCAGGUGUACAGUCUUGCCGAGGGGAUAAAAACAUGGAUGCUCGAAAUGAAACAGAGGUACCUGGUGGGAAAAAUGAACGUCCCAGAUGAAAAAGAGGAAGAUCAAAGUGAGGUGAACAUGGAGUCGCUGGCGGACACCUGCAUCCUGAAGAGUCUGCUCUUGUUCAGGUUCAGCCCCAGCCCCAUUGGAGCUCAGAGGCAGGACAGCGAGGCGGCCAGGGCCCCGGGGGGUGGAGCCGCCCACCCCCUGCUGAGGUCAGUCUCCAUAUCUGAGGGGGACUUCCAGGCCAGUCCUUCCUCAGGGCCCCAGGCCAGUGGGGCUGAAGCCAGCAGUGAUGCCCCUGCCCCCACCCCGGAAGAGAGCCACCCCUCUCGGAUUCAGCCACAGAGCUCCUCGGCUUCGGACCCCGGUUCAGCCAGCGGCCUGGCCGCCAGCCCCCAAAGGGGAUCCACGGAGAGCCUGGUGUCCCAGCCAGGCGACCCCUCCUCCCCCUCUGCCCUCGUCCGCAAGGCCCCCUUCAGCAAGGGCCGCCUUCGCCUGCUCUCCUUCAGGUCCAUGGAGGAGCCCCGCCUCACAGUCUCCAUCAAGGACCGCUUCCCCAUCCUCAAACACAUCCUGAGCUUCAUGAAGGACCAGGCCAUCAGCGACGCCAACGUGCUGCAGGUGCUGUCCCUGAAGAAGGCCCAGGCUCUCAGCGUGUGCGAGGUGCUAAAGAUGGUGCGGCAGUGUUUGCGGUCGCUCGGCACGCCGCACCUCUUCCAGGCCCCCUGCAUCCUGUUCCUGCAGGAGCUGCUGGCCUGCCAGAAGGACUUCACCAGUUACUUUGCCCAGUUGUCUGGCAGCGGGCAGGAGCUGCGGGAGGAGGUCCGGCAGUCCUACCACCAGCUGGUGCUGAUGCUGGUGGAAGCGGUGCAGGGCUUCAGCACGCUCAGUGAAAAAGCCCUGCUGCCCGCCCUCUCCUGUGUUCAAACCUGCCUGCUCCACCUGCUGGACAUGAGCUGGGAGACGCAGGACCUCUCCCUCUUCCUGGACAUCAAGCUGCCGGACCUCCUGCUCAACAUGUCUCAGGAGAACAUCAGCGUCCACGACAUCGCCAUCAGCCAGUGGACCGAGGAGGACGAGAUUGCCGACUACGAGCGGAACUGCGAGUGGAUGGACGAGUGCCAGGACGGCAUGUUUGAGAAGUGGUACGACAAGAUUGUUCAGGGCACACUGGAAGACAGAAGGAAGAUGCACAUGUUCAUCGCCCGCUACUGCGACCUGCUGAACGUGGAGAUCUCCUGCGACGGCUGCGAGAGGAUCGCCCCCUGGCACAGAUACCGCUGCCUGCAGUGCACGGACAUGGACCUCUGCAAGACCUGCUUCCUCAGUGGCGCCAAACCGGAGGGUCACGAGGACGACCAUGAGAUGGUGAACAUGGAGUACGCCUGCGACCACUGCCAGGGCCUCAUCGUGGGCAGCAGGAUCAACUGCAACGUGUGCGUGGACUUUGACCUCUGCUUCGGGUGCUACAAUGCUAAGAAGUACCCAGACAGCCAUUUGCCCACCCACCGCAUCACUGUGUACCCCAUGGUGACCAUCCGCAUCAGCGAUCGUCACAGGCUCAUCCAGCCCUACAUCCACAACUACUCCUGGCUGCUGUUCGCCACGCUGGCCCUGUACACCUCCGACCUGACCAGCGAGAAGGAGCUGGAGGGAGAGCCCCUGAGCCCCAGCGUCCUGGCCAAGGCCACCGCCCUACAGACCCGCUGCUCCGAGCUCAUCGCCGAGUGCCUCCUUAAAGGGCAGACAGGAAAAGGUCUGAGGGCCUCUGCCCUGCUGUCUCUGUUGUCUCCCAACGAGUCGGCCUCAGAGAGCGAGCUGUGCCCUGGCAGCCCAGAGUCCAGCCAGGAGCUCAGCAGCACGGACACCUCCUCCCUGCCCGGCAGCACUGCAGCCGUCUGCUCCCCGCUGCCCCCCAAGGACAAGAUCAAAGAGCAGGUCCAGGAGGGAGACUCGCCGGCCGCCCCCAAAGCGCCAUUGGUAGAAGAGGCAGCAUCGGUAGAUGAGGCCGGGAAGAGGAAGCUGGUGUCUCAGGAUACACUGGACUCCACCAGUCUCAGUCAGACACCCUCUGUGUCCAGCGAGGACACCCUGUCCCCUGUGGUCAGAGUUUGUGAUCUUCUAGGAUCGGAGGGCAGUGCCGAGACAGCUGUCACCCCGGUGUCGGAGAACCCGGACGCCCCCAAAGAACAGGACGAGAAGGCGGCCAGGGUGCCCCUCCAGGAGCACGUGUUCGCCGAGUGCUCCAGAGAAAGGAUUCUGGGACUGCUGGCAGCCAUGCUGCCCCCAGCCAAGCCCGGCUGCAUCAUGUCCCUGCAGAGCCUCAGCCCCAUCCUCCCGCUGCUCUUCCGCGUGGUCAUCUCCAACGCCGGCUGCCUGAACGAGACCUACCACCUGACCCUGGGGCUGCUGGGCCAGCUCCUGCUGCGCAUCUCCCCGGCCGCCGCCGACGCCGCCGUCACAGAGGCCCUGGCCGACAAGUACGUGCUGCUGGCCCUGGGGGACGGCGCCCCCGACACGCAGGGCUGGAAGACCACGCAGCUGCUCUUCAGCCUGGGCGCUGUGUGUCUGGACAGCCGCAUCGGCCUGGACUGGGCGUGCUCGGUGGCGGACAUCCUGCAGGACCUGAACGCCUGCCCCCAGUGGUGUCCCGUCAUCGCUGCCUUCACCGACCACUGCAUCAGACAGCUGCCCCGCCAGCUCAAACGCACCAACCUCUUCACCCUGCUCGUGCUCGUGGGCUUCCCUGAGGUGUUGUGCAUGGGAACCCACGCCAUCUUCAUCGACAACGCCAACGAGCAGCACAGCAUGAUCCUGCUGAAGCACUUCACCGAGAAAAACCGGGCGGCCGUGGUGGACGUCAAAACCCGCAAGAGGAGGACAGUGAAGGACUACCAGCUGGUGCAGCCGCACGAGCAGGCGGACCGGAACGCGGCGGGGGAGAAGCCCUCCCCCGGCCAGGCCCACCUCACCCGCUACCUGCACAACUUCACCUCCAUCACCAGCCUCCUGCUCCAGAGCAGCCCGGACAGCAGCUCCCCGGAGGCCGUGGAGGCCACCUGGGUGCUGUCCCUUGCCCUCAAGGGCCUCUACAACACGCUGAAGAAGCACGGGGUGGAGGAGGCCCAGGCAGCCAUCCAGCAGUCGGGCCUGAUCCAGCUGCUGGUGAGGAAGUGCAGCAAGGGCACGGGCUUCAGCAAGAUGUGGCUCCUGCGCGACCUGGAGAUCCUGUCCAUCAUGCUGUACUCCUCCAAGAAGGAGAUCAACUCCAUGGCCGAGGGCGUGGACGCCGAGCCCGAGGACCGCGAGCAGGAGAAGGAGCAGGACUCGGACCACUCCAGCUGCUGCGCCGACGACCUGGACCCCAACAAGCCCGACCCCCUGGAGGGGCUCGACGAGGAGACCAAGAUCUGCUUCCAGAUUACCCAUGAUGCCCUCAAUGCCCCUCUGCAUAUCCUGCGUGCCAUGUACGAGCUGCAGAUGAAGAGGACGGACUCCUUCUUCCUGGAGGUGCAGAAACGGUUCGACGGAGACGUGAUCAAAACGGACGAGACUAUCCGCACGCUGGCGCAGAAGUGGCAGCCGUCCAAGCGGCCGCGCUCGGAGGAGAGGAGCGCCAAAGCCGUGGACACGGACAUGGUCGUCGUUCCCUGUCUGUGCAAGCCGAGCCGCUGCGAGAAGGCCACGGAGGAGACCAACAUGGUGACGCAGAAGCUGAUCACCAACACGGAGAGCGACCUGCAGCUGAGCUACGCCAAGCAGCGGCGCACCAAGAGCUCGGCGCUGCUGCACAAGGAGCUGGAUGCGCGCAGCAACAAGGCCGUGCGCCAGUACCUGUUCAAGGUGAACGAGGCCAUCGCCAUCCUGUACGCCCGCCACGUGCUGGCCUCGCUGCUGGCCGAGUGGCCCAGUGGCGUGCCCAUGAGCGAGGAGGUGCUGGAGCUCAGCGGGGCCUCCCACAUGGCCUACAUCCUGGACAUGCUGAUGCAGCUGGAGGAGAAGCACAUGUGGGAGAGGAUCCUGCAGAAAGUUCUGAAGGGCUGCAGUGAGAGCAUGCUGGGAAGCCUCUCUCUCACGGCCUGCCAGUUCAUGGAGGAGCCGGGGAUGGCAGUGCAGAUCAGAGAGUCCAAGCACCCCUACGACAACAACACCAACUUCGAGGACAAGGUGCACAUCCCCGGUGCCAUAUACCUGUCGAUAAAGUUCGACUCGCGCUGCUACACUGAGGAGGGCUGUGAUGAGCUCCUCAUGGCCAGCAGCAGCGACUUCCUGCAGGACCUGCACAACUUCAGCGGCUCGCCUCAGAAGUGGACCGACUUCGAAAUCCCCGGAGAUACUCUGUAUUACAGGUUCAUUUCUGACAUGAGCAACACAGAGUGGGGAUACAAGUUCACUGUCACCGGGGGCCACCGAGGCCGAUUUCAGACAGGUUUUGAGAUCUUAAAACAGAUGCUAGCUGAUGAGCAAGCCCUGGGUCACCUACCAUUGGCUGAUAUCUGGGAGUGGCAGGUGGGCGUGGCCUGUCGCCAAACAGGAAACCAGCGACUGAAGGCCAUCCACUUACUGUUGCGGAUUCUGCAGUGCCCCUCCCAGCGCGGCUGCGACCUGACCCUGCUGCGGCCCCUGUGGCAGCUCUUCAGCACCAUGGAGAGCGGCCUGAGUCAGGACCCCACCAGCAUCACCGUGCUGCUGCCCCUCCACCGCGCCCUGACCGAGCUCUUCUUCAUCGCCGAGACCAAGGCCAUCGAGCAAGGCAUUCUCCAGGACUACCUGCUUGCGCUGACGACCAACGAGCAGCUCCUGGUCCACACAGCCCAGGCCCUGAAGAACAUUGCUGCCAUAAGCCUGGCCAUCAAUUACCCAAAUAAAUCAACCAAGCUGCUGAACGUUGCACCGUGAGCUUUGGGAAGGUCUUCUCGGAACAGGCCUCGUUUGGAAGAAGAUGGGUUAUGGAGUGAGGGGAAAAAAAAACCUGAAUGUCUUCCAGAAAAAGCAGUCUACUGAAAAGAUACCUUUCUGUAUCUACAAACGGGGCCAAAAGGGUUCUAGCCAUAAGUGUUGCUGAAAGCAAAUCAUCUUUGAGGCUCGCAUCACAUGAAGUUGCUCAUCUUUAACUUUGCCUUGAAUUCAUCAAAUGGAAUCAUAUCAAAGCGUGCAUGUUUCUGUGCUGAUGACGAUUGGUUAGUUUUAAGUUUGGACCGGGGGGCAUCUCUGAAGGUGUUGCAGUGCUGCACUAAAGUGGACAAAGUGCCAAAUUGCCAAAUGUUUUGGAAGCAUUUUUUUUUAAAUGAAGUCACAGUGGGUUGGGCAAUCGAUCAUUGUAAAAGCAGGUCACCUUGUCCCGUUCUGUAAGUGAACAGGUAGAGGAGCCUAAAAAUACUACGUACUGCUGGAGGAGCCUCAUUAUUCAAAAGCAAGAGUGCUCUGGCCCUUCACUAAAGCUCUGUAGAAACCCCUUGGGAACAAGCAUCUGAGCAUGCACAACCAACAAAACUUUUUUGAUCUGUGUGGUCCGAGUUGCUCAGCUUUUCUCCUACAAGGCUUCAGCGAAACACCAGGACCGCAGCAGUGUGAGUGAGGGGAUAAUUUGAUUACAUAUCUGAAUGUGCUCGCGCUUCCCUGUAGACAUCCCUGACGUCCGUCUACGUAACGACUCCCACAUAACCCUCCUCCAUGCAUGUGGCUUCCUAGAUUCAACCGUGACCUAAUAUGUGUUUUUGCGCUCCUGCCUCCACCAGGAAAGCGGUGUGUGCGUCAGCAUUUCAGUCAGACGCCUUUGGCUUCUGAUUGGAGCCCGUCGGGCUUGUCCUGUAAUGGCAAGAGUGCGAAAAACACGUCCCCGGUCGACGCAGCCAUUGCUUGCGCUUACUGUUGCCUUUUCACAGCCAGGCUGGCUGUAAUUACACAGUGCAGAACACCCAGGCCUGGCUUUCGUCACUUCGCACUCCAGACUUGCGCGCAGUGGCUGAAAGGCUGUGGUUUUAUGAAUCGCAGCCUGCCUCCACAUCAGGGUUUCUUUCAGUAGUGAUUUGUCAGAAGGGUUCUUUUGCUCGUUGGGGUAUAGAGGAUAGGGGCUACGGAUCUACCGGAGAGGGUGGCAGGAGAGAAGAGACAGAACUAGGACGCGUGCUCUCCUUUGACGGAUUGGGUUUAUUUUAUCUUGACUGUGGCCAAUAACAGGGUAUAAGGAAGAAUUUUGUGGGGAUUCAGACCUGUAUCAGAACUAAGCUGAUGUUGUUGCAUUGUGCAAUUUUAAAACAUUGCCCUAUUGGGGAUGCCAUUGACUUGCAAAAAGGAAACAUCGGCCUAGGUAGUACUGGCCUAGUGGGCCUGGUUGCUUUAUGUCACAUUUAAUUCAGAUUGGGAGACCCAUGCAUGUUUUCCCUAUAUAUAAAAUUUAUGGAAGUGAGUUUUGUUUGUGUUUGAAAUAUCCAAGAAUUUGAUUUAAGUAUGAGAUUAAUUAGUGAUUUUUGGUAAAGCUUGUCCUGACUGAAGAGUUUGCCUACUUGUAAAAUGGGCUUGGUUAUAACACCGCAGAUGACCUUGCUGUGGUUUUACAACAGUGACAUUGAAUGACGUUGUGACUUUGUGGCAUGGAAGGAAAUGGUGAUUAAUGCCAAAGAAAUAAUAUUUACUGUCAGCUUAUUCAACUUGAAAUGUUCUAAGCGUUUCCAUUCGAGACACUUUAGAAGUCAGCUGAGAGGAAUUUUUUUUUUUUGAUUGUCAAUCCCAGAAAUGGGCGGAGAGAGAUGGGCGCAAACUGACAACCUGGGAACUUUGAACUCAAUCGUUUUGUUUACAUGAUUACCUUGAAACCUUGAUAUUGGUGAUGGGAAUUGAGUCCUUCUAAGGAGUUUUUGACGAGCGCUUGUGCUACAACUUAGUAGAUUUGAGAUGUUCAGGAGCUCUCAUAUUUAAAAUGUGCCUAUGGUUA